GAUCAAGUCCAAUAGAACGACCGUGGAGAGACUCCGACGAACAGUGAGAGCUGCGGAUGGCAGAAAUGGCGAGGCUCUCCCAACGCAUCCUCUCUUCGUUGUUUCUUCUCCUACUCCUUUUCAUCUAUUCUUCGCUUCCCUAUUUCGUCGCUUCCUCGAAGAAGCCACCUUCGGCUGCUCGUAAGGGAGACAUCCCUUUUAUCCGGUGCCAGGUCUGUGAGAAGAUCGCCCACCGGAUCAUUCACCAGGUCAAGAAGAAGGAGGCUCAGAUCUCACCCAAAAAGGUUUCAGAAUUUCAGAUCAUCGAGAUAGCCGAGAAUAUCUGCAAUUUGAAGAAGGAGGAGGCGGAUUGGAUUCGCCAGAUUGAUGUUGUUGAGAAAGGUGAUAAAUUGGAGCUGGUUGAACAAGGCAUCGAAGGACAAUGUAAUUCAGAAUGUAAAACCAUUGAACAUGCUUGUCAAGAGAUCAUGGGUUACUCAGAUACUGAUGUUGCAGAAUAUGUUUUUAGUGCAAGACCUUCAAUUGAUCAGUUGGUUAAGUUUCUCUGCAAGGAUCUUUCUAAAGCAUGCUCUGUCAAGCCACCACCUGUUCCUGCGGAUAGGGUUCCUGGAGAACCUUUUAUUGCCAAGUCCUCUAAAGAUGCUGAAAUGGAAAAGAUCUUGAGAUCUAUGGAGGGUAUGCCAGGGGCACCAGGAAUGAAAAUGUAUUCGCGAGAAGAUCUAAUGAGCGGCAAAUUUAGUGAAGCUGAUGAUGAUGACGACGACGACGACGAUGAUGAAGACAAUUUUUCUGGGAAAUUGGGAAAUAUUCUAAAUGACAAGGAUCCACCUAAGCAGGAUUAUAAACAGAAGAUAUUGCAAGGCAUCACGGGAACUGGGACAGUGAUAAAGGAGAACAUAAACAAAGUAUCGGAACAGAUAAAGAACUGGUGGACAGGAAAGACAAAGGAUUCAAGUCAUCCAAAAGCAAAGAAAACCGAUCUGUAGUACCCAAUAACAAUGGUUCCAAGUGGAAAUACAGUGGUUGACAUACUGCUCUUAUUGCUGAUGGAGGUACCUGUGCUAAAAUUUAAACUUAGUGGUUACUUGUUAGGUUUCAAUUCUUUUAGCAGAUAGAGAUGGAGACUGACCUUCUGUGCUAUUUUCCUGACAACCAUAAUCUCGAAGGUGGAAAUCUGCAUCAAUCCACAUUGCUCGGCACUAUGGGCAACUUUUCUGC